AUGCCUGAAAACUUUGGAUUAAAUCGAAUACCCGGCAACCGGCCACAGCAAAUGGAUUACCAACAGCAUUCAUCACCGACAGUUUUAACAAACAUCCAUCAGCACGGAGGUCACGCAUUGGUUCAUGCUCUCGGUCAACAAGCGCUACAAAUACAAAAUGAUACAAACGAUAAUAACACGAGAUGGUCGCAAUACCAUCAUUUAUGGAGGCAACACAUGUUCAUAAACGAAAUUCUUAAUAAUAUUCUCUACUAUCGGAUGAGUGCGUGA